AUGUCUGGUGAUAGCCCAACCUACUCGAACGCAGACUACCACCGGAACAUCGACUACGAGUUCCACGACCACGAGGCGGCCCAGUUGGCUCCGGGUAGCCGGUGGCACCAUCGACACCGCGGCGCCGGGUCCUCCCGGAAGCACCACGCCUACCUAGAAGAAGCUUCAUCCGCCACCGCCACCGCCGCUCCGAGGCCCGGCAGCCACCGUCUCGAAACGUCCGGUCGUCCGGCCGGAGCGUCGCAUGACCCCGUCGAACCCUGCGACGACUUCUACGAGCACGUCUGCGGCGCCCCCGGUGCCGGAAGGAAGACCGCGGGGUCCCUCGCGGCCGCGCUGCCCUCCAUUUCGUACGAGACGCAGAUAACUGCUAAGAUGCUCAACGACCUAGAAGAGAUGUUCCACGUCUACAAGGCGUCCAACCCGUAUAAAGAGUUCCCCAGCAUGUUCAUCAAUCAGGCAGCAUUCUUCCUGCCCAACUGCACCGCUGGCUACAGCCGGAACGGACUGGGCUGGGAUCCAUUCCAGGAGGUGCUCGAUGACAUCGGAAUGAGCAACUGGCCCACCGACUUUCCCGCUAACGCCAGCCUCUCCCCACUCGUGGCCAAGGUAGACGCCGCGCUUGCCGUCUUUCCUUUCAUCGAGGUGACCGUGAGAAACGAGUACGAGAACAAACAUAGUAUACAUCUUGACGUCCCAAAGACCAUACUGAAGAGAAGCCAGAUAUGGUACACAUCGAGCAAUCUGACGGACCACGUGUUUCAAGUAGCCAACGUGCUUCGGGCACUUGGUGUGGCCAAGCCAAUGGCGGAGAGUUCGGCUGGGGAGCUUGUCAGACUCGAAGUGCAGCUGGAAGAUGCGAUCAGCAUGCAAAGGUUCGAACCUCCACCGUACAGAACCCGCACGGUAGACAAGCUUCCACAGCAUAAGAACUGGGAGUGGAAGCAGUAUCUGUCGUUAGUAUUCAAAAACUACCCUAUGCUUGAUGAGAGUCAGGUCAGCGUUGAAACGUUGGCACCGGAUUACGUUGAAGACUUUGCAAAGAUCUUGGGCCGCACCACGGUCCCCAAUUUACUGAUGUACGUCGGGUACCGUGUCCUGGUACACCUGUCUCCUCUGCUACCGGACGAGGUGGGAUAUUUCGUGCCGCUGAGUUCGGACGGCUUCGUCAGCGGAGUCCCGGAGCGGCUUCAGGGUUGUGCAAGACUCCUGGAGCUCAUAUACCCGCAGGGCCUCAGGACAUUCUUGAGGAUGUCACUGGGACUACCCAAUAGCGUCCUGCACUACGACACCCGGUACGACCAAGAAGUUACCAGCAUGUUUAGAGGUCUCAACGAGAUUUUAAGAAAUGUCGUUGGACACACCACUCGCUACGAUCCCGUAGAACGAGCAAUCGCAGCCGAGAAGCUCAAGAACAUGAAGUUUAGUUUCUUUGGCACCGUCCAGAACUUAACACCCAUCGCGGAGUAUUACAACUUGGACGUUCCGGCCUUCCGAGGCACUAGACUUGUCGAAAGCUAUUACAACAUCCUCAUCAACAGUCGCCGCUCCUACUAUCAUCCUGUCAAGCGAAGCCGGGACUGGGACAACCGUUUCCACGUCUCCAGCCUCAGGCGAGUUGUUGAGUACGUCCACGGCCGCAACGCGCUAUUUUGCCCCUACUCCAACGUUGCGCUCGCCAACCUGACACACUCGGGAUCGAUCAGAAUGUUGGACAUCCCGAUCGUGGGCGCUCCGAUUCUGCGAGGACUGGUUGAGGCCAUCGACGAACGCGGAUCUUUUGUGGACCAUAAGCUUCGGGUCCGCAGCUGGUGGAGUCGAGACACCAUCCGCCAACACCGCCGGAUCCGCGACUGUUUCUGGAGACAGUACAAGACCGCGCUCGAAAAUCUCCUCAAAAACGACGUGGACCUAAUCAAAACCAUCGAAGACGAUAUGGCUGACAACGCCAUUGUUUACCCGCUUUACCUCUACUUCAUGCGCAAGGUGAAGAAAUCACUGCCAUCAGGUUUAUCGGUCAUGACCCAGCGAUGGUUCUUUACUCAGUUUGCCCGAGCACAUUGCAGUCGGGCGGCGGACCCACUUUAUGAUCAGAGGUUGGCGUUCUUCGGGGACACGCCUCCUAGGCUGCGAGUCAACAUACCGCUGAUGAAUUUCCCCGUGUUUGCCGACGCGUUCAACUGCCAGAAGGGGGACGUUAUGUACCCAGAGUCCGGCCGCUGCUCAGUGUGGUUUACAGGCGGCUGA